GUAAGUGACCCGUUACACGAUGGUCGAAAUCUCGAAGAGAGAAUCAGAAGGAGAGGUGAUCAAGAGGAAGGAAUUCAACGAGGAUGGCAAGGAGGUCAGGACCGAAGUAGCCUCCCCACCACCCAGCUCAGUCAGGGCUCAGAAUAUCGUCCAACAAGUUGAGAAUGGAAGGGAGGAAGUCGUCCAGAAGAAAGUAACGGACGAGAAACUAGCAGCUCACAUGUGGAAUGAGCUAGAGUGCCCCAUCUGCCGGGACCACUUCACCACCCCACGUGUCCUGCCCUGUCUCCAUGUGUACUGUGAGGCUUGUCUUGCUCAGGCUGCUGGGUCUAACAGCUACGUCGUAUGCCCCAUCUGCCGUAAGGAGGUUGCCCUCAUCAACGGAGAUGUAAGGAACUUCCCCAAGCACAACAUGAUUGAGAACCUCAUCCGUAUCCUCACCCUCAACAAAGAGAAGGAGCACAAGUCUUGUGAUGGCUGUGGAAACCGAGGUGCUGAGUUCUGGUGCGUAGAAGCUGAAGAAGCUUACUGUAAGGACUGUAAAUCUAUUUACAGCUCCCUAAAGUACACAAAAGAUCACCACAUCUUCAACUUUGAUGAGCUCAUCAAGGAUAGGUCCCUUCAGGCUAACCACAGAAUCCAACUGUGUUCCAAGCAUCCUGAAGAGACACUGAGACUGUACUGUGAGACUACCAACGAGUGCAUCUGCAGGGAUUGUACCCUAGGAGAGUACAAGAACAUGAAGGUGAAGCCAAUCAACGAGAUCAUUGGUUCCCAUCGGGACAACGUCAAGGUUGCUCUUGAUGCCGUCCAGUCUAAGCUGAAGCCUCUGAACCAGAGCAUCAGCAUUCUCAAGGACGAGGAACAUGAAAUGAAGGAGCAAGCCAAGAAGGCCCAGAACGACAUCAAGACCAUGAUUGAGCGGGUACAGAAAUCUAUCAAAAACAGGGAACAACAUCUCCUUAACACAGUUGAGCAGAUGAAGCAAGCUAGUGUGUCCCAAUUGGAAGCCAAAAGGGAAGAGUUGACCGUUGCAAUGCAGUCUACCCAGGCCGGUUGUGACUUCGUCGCUAACCUUCUUAACGACGGUUCCGAUGUUGAUAUCUUGGGAAUGGAAGCUCAGAUCUACGAGCGAAUGGAGGAGCUGAAGAAUGUUGACCUUGACAUUGGUGUUAAGAGGAAGAACAUCGAGUUCCAGAAAGUAAACGAGACCAUCAUCACCACCUUCAUUGACGGACUCGGCAAGUUUGUUGUUGAGACAUACAACGCCCAGCCUAUCAAGGAAAUGAGAGAGAGGACUUCCACUGGAAGACAAGGAGCCAGCAGUCACGCUGCAACCAGUCAUGGGCGUCCAAUCAGCCCCGGUGAGUUCUCAACUCUGAGAUCUGCUGUUGACGGUGACGAGGACCAUGUCAAGGGUUUCGGUGAGGGAAUGGGAGACAAUAUCACUGACCAUUACGUCGGUAAAGGUGUCCGUGCUAUCGGAGCUCAAGGAUGCAAACCUGGAACUGGAGUAUGUGAAUUCAAGAAACCCAUGGGAAUCAGUUUCGACAAGUCGGGCAACAUGUUCGUAGCUGACACAGAGAACAACCGAGUACAGUGCUUGAAGAAGAGCGGAGUAUUCUCUCACAUCAUUGGUGCUGGAAAGCAGGGCAGUGGCAAGGGAGAACUCAGCAACCCUACUGAUACAGCUGUCGACAGUCAAGGGUUCCUGUAUGUGGUAGAUUCUGGAAAUAGCAGACUCGCAGUAUUCACCACUCAGGGCAAGUUUGUUAAGACUAUCGGAAGUGAAGGAAAACUAGAGGGACAAUUCAACAAUCCUCGCAAGAUCUGUAUCACUAAGGACAACUAUCUGAUUGUUACUGAUUCUGAUAACAACCGUGUCCAGAUCUUCGACAGCAGGGGUAACUUCCUGAGAGUAAUUGGAGGUGAUGAUUACAAUGACCCCAAGGGACGCCUUCACCAGCCGGUGGGUGUGUGCUGUGAUUCUCACGGUCUCAUCUACGUCACCCAAAUGAAGCCUGCUGAGAUCAAGAUCUACGCCUUCGACGGUGGAUACAUCGGUCAUUUCGGAAAAGAGGGCAAAGGAAAAGGAGAACUUCUGGGACCCAGUGACAUCACAGUUGACGCUCAGGGCGGUAUUAUUGUGUCAGAAUGGGGUAACUGCAGAAUCUCCAUCUUUGACGAGCGUGGCCACUAUCACGGAAAAUACGGAGUACGAGGAAAGAAGUACGGACAAUUUGACGGUCCUUGUUGUGUUGAGCUGAACCAGGAUGGUCGCCUGAUCGUAGUGGACACCUGGAACCACCGUAUCCAGAUAUUGUAAAUCUGCACAAGGUGCACGUGCUUGUAUACGUGAUGCGCGCGCAAACGUCACACACACGUGGGUUUACACGUGAUGUGCGCGCAUACGUCACACUUGUGCUAGUCAGUCACGUGAUGUCUGUGUAUCAGUCACGUGACUGAGUGACCACAAGUAACGGGACACUUACGUGACCGUGAAAUGUCACAAUUGUAAACUCUCAAUUUUGUAUACCUUGGCCUCAUAUACCGUGAAGGUUUCACUUUUGCACCUUCAGAAAUGUCUGAAAUAAUUUUAGAUUUCUUAAAUUUUUGAAUUUGCCCUGGUUCCUAUUUUUGGAUGGAAUUGUUCGCCGUAAGUGUCCACCCUGAUGCUGCCUUGCCACUUCUAUUUGGGGACGAUUAAAAUGUGCGGUUUUAAACUGUUAGUUUUUGCAAAUAUUUGUCAUUUCUAUCUACAAUCAGCUGGCGUGAUCUCAGUGUGAUGCAUUCUAAAAAAUUUGAAUGCUGAACACUUAACACUCUAUUACAUUUAAUUGUUAUUGUGUUUUUGGAUUUGGCGAGAAAGUACAGUCGUGUUGACAUGGCAACUUUCAUUCAAAAGUACGAGUCACUGGGAAGCUUUACGGUUACUAAGGGGCCAAUCAGCUUGUAAACUUGCUCUCUAUUUAUUGUAUAAUAUAUUCGUGUUCAUAGUUUUCCAUUUAUUUUAUUCUUAAUCUUAGCGUCGAAGAUCAAAUAUUUAUGUAUUUAUAUGUAUUCAGUAUUGUUAAUGUCAUUACUUUUUCUAAGAUUAAUAGUUAUGA